GCGCGGUCUUUUUAAGCCUCUACGCUCUACUGACUUAAACAUGUUAAUCUAAGUCAUGUUACACAUAAAUGUCAUUAGGCCUUAUAUCUAAGGUCACUAAUCAUUUUAAACUUGAAGGAGCUCUUCCUAUUCCAUGCACGGAGCCAUGUCUUUGCAAUUUGUGUCCAGAUGAAGACUGGAAUUUUGAUUUUGUUCUUGACUGCACUUUUAUGGGUCUCUUGGUAAAGAGAGGAAUGUAGUUUAGCUCAAAAUGGAAUCAAAUGGGGCUUAUGAGGCCUCUCGGCCCAAAUGGACCUCGUGUUUACACACUUGUCCAUCAGCUGAGCAGCGUGCGGCCUCAGGUAUCCAGAGAGAUGGUGAGAUGUCCCCAAAACCAACGGUACCGUGUCUGAACCUGACCAGCAGGAGGACGCCAGAAAACUCCCCGAGACUGGAGCACGGCGGCUCCGGCUCCUUUCUGUCCUGCGAUGAGCUGCAGAAACCCUCGCACCUUCCUCCUCCUCUGCCUCACCGCCUCAGCCUGCGCGGGGAUCUGUACGCCGCCGCCAUGGGGAGGUUUGGUGAUGCUGCGGCGGACUUUACGCACGGCGCUGCCUCGGCGAACCCGCCUGCCUCACCGUCCAAACACAGCAAGUUCUUGGACAGUAUAAACCAGGAUCAGAAGGGGACAGGGAUCAGCGGCAAGCCGGCGUUUUAUGAGAGCAACUCGGAGAUCAGAGAGAAAGGAACUCCGAAGACCAUGGGUUACCCUGGUAUUGGCUCGGACUGUUGUGGCAAGCUGAAAGAGCCCGGCAGCGGUUUACAGGGGGACUCUAUCGCCGACUCCAUCGACUUAUCGGGCAAGAACAAGAAGCGGCGUAAUCGCACCACCUUCAGCACCUUUCAGCUGGAGGAGCUGGAGAAAGUGUUCCAGAAGACACACUACCCUGACGUGUACGCCCGCGAGCAGCUGGCCCUGAGGACCGAGCUCACAGAGGCUCGGGUUCAGGUUUGGUUCCAGAAUCGUAGAGCCAAGUGGAGGAAACGGGAACGCUAUGGGAAGAUUCAGGAAGUCCGCAACCACUUUGCUGCUACAUAUGAUAUCUCUCUUCUCCCUCGCCACGAUACAUACCAGAUUCCAAAUUUGUCCUAUCCUAAAUGUCUCCACGUCCAGAUGCAGGGCAACCUGUGGCCCGGGGCGGCUUCAGGAGGAGGCGGUGGCUCAGGUGCUGGCUGCGUCCUAGGAGCCGACUCCCUCCCCUCGUCCUGCAUGAGUCCGUACCCUCACCCCCACAGCAAUCUGCAGGGCUUCAUGGGCAUGCCGGCGUCCCCCAGCCAUCCUCACCACCACCACCCAUCACACCAUCCGGGUAUCAACGGCCUCUAUUCACUCCACAGCUUCCCAGGAGGCCUCGGGCCCCCUUCCAUCGAGGGGCCUGAGACCGACUACAAGCCAACAGGCCUCGUGGCGCUGCGGAUGAAAGCCAAAGAGCCGGGCAGCAUCCUCUCCUGGCCUACAUGACCACAACAGUGCCAGCUCCCCAUUAUGCACUGACUGAGCCAAAGCAUAUUACAUUCCUGACCCAUACACAGUCCCCGAUGUACACACCCACCUCAGCAUAUGACUCAAAUAAUUCCUCUUAACAUUUAUGUAAGCCGACAUGGGGACUUUUCACAAUUCAGGAGAUGUUGGAAUAUGAAUUUCAUGAACAUUGUGGGAAACUUGAGCCUCUAGCACGAAAACCCAGUGUAUUAAUAGGAACAUUAUUGUUUCCAGUUUUAGUUUGAUAUCAGAAUGCUGAGACCAAAGAGGAGAAAUUAUUUAAGCAUGUAAAAAUUGUAAUUAUCAUAUUCAUCAUUGUUUUGUUUUUGUCUGUUGUGCUUUAUAGUGUGACCAGUAAUAAAGGCCUCCAUGUAAAUCUUCUGUUUUAUUGAGUAGGAAAGUAUUUUUUGGGAAAACAGAUUAAGAAAACGGAACAAAAGGAUCUCAGGCGGAAUUAUUUUAGGCUUGACAUGAUAACUACGAGAGCCAACCAAACGUCUGUGUCACAUAUUUAACUGGGAAUGUGGUUGUGAAGCAAAAAUGCUUCACAGGCUGUGGUUGCCAUAAACACAAAGACUUCUGCUGUGCGGGAAGUGAGCUUCAUUGUAUCUGGGACGUGCUCAGAGAGAUGUGUGCAGCCUACUUGGCCAAGCUUCAAGAGGCCUUCAGGUGGCACCUCAUGUAUCAGGAGCGAGUGGCAGGUUCAUUAAUGGAAAGCUAACUGAGCAACCGCACUCCACUAUUGAUGAUAAAGUAAAGAGCCUCCCGCAGAAGGAUGGCUUCACAUUGAGGCAUUUCUCAUUCACAUCUGGCAUCAGCGGUAAACCCGACCAACUGAGUAAUGACUUACAGUUUAGUAGAAGAAAUUGGUUGUUACCAUGGCCCAGAGCGUGUUUUGUUUUGGUAAUAUUAUC